AUGGAGGAGACACCGUACACUUGCCGACAAACACUGAAAACACCUGCGCCGAUCUCAUGUCUGGCCAAAGGACCGUCGGAUCAUUUCUUUGCAGGCUCAGAUGAUGGAUCUAUUCGCAUAUAUAAUCAAAAGGCCUUGAAGGUCGUGAAGGCUAUCAGAGGUUUGGGAGAAGUAUCGUCUGUUGUAUGCAUGUCGCACAGUGCAGGCGGCCUUGGGAACAUUUGGGUUGCAUCCAACCGUGAUGCUCUACAUUUUACUAUGGACACAGAGAAGAUGAUCCUUGCGAAGGCUGACGCGACCUUGUCAUUGGAGCUUGGUGCCGACAAUGACGACGUGUUGAAUGAGCUUUCGCUCAAUAAAAAAAAUAGUCAAUUGGCAUUUUGUUUGGACUCCGGCACAGUCGGCGUCGUUGAUCUUUCUACGAAACAAGUAACACGCAUGAGAACGAGUCAUGACAAUAUUUGUGGAACUGUGAAGUUCAUUCCCGAUCGCCCGAGUGAAAUUGUCAGUGGUGGAUACGACUCCAGUCUGCUGCAUCACGAUUUUCACCAAAGGACUGUAUCGUCGCGAUUCGAUUUAGGGACAUCUCCUCCGUCUUCAGGUGUUUCAAUGUCUCCGCCAUUCAUAUUGUCGUUGGCUAUGUCACCAUCUGGCAUCUUGGCUGCGGGAACCGCUGAUGGGCGGGUAUGGAUUGGCGCCGGCGGAGAGAAAAUGUUAGGAGUCUCAUCUCGCGCAUCUGUGAAAAAGAAACGGCGGAAGUGGGAAGGAUUGAAGCAAGAUAAAGCCAUCACGGCGGAUGUCGGGCAUGGCCCUAUCGCUGCUCUUUCAUUCAUCGGGCCUCGUACACUUUUAACAUCCACAUUGAUGGGAACAGUUGCCCUCUACGAGAUUGGCGGCCCAACUGCGGAUGGAAACUUGGUUAUGCUUCAAAAGUGGACAAAAGCAACGACUGGUGUGAACAAAGUUAACGCGAUCAUUACUACGGGGGACUUGAUCAUCAUCGGUGGGCUGAGUGAGGCUGGAGGGGGAGUAAUAGAGCUUUGGGAGAACAGAAGUGCCGAAUUAUGA